GUGUUUUUGACACAUUCUUCAUUCUCAUCAAAACAAUUGACUCUUUCCCCCCUCGGAUCAAUCUCUAUAAGAGUGUUCCGUCAGGGCUCGUCGUUCUCAUUGCGAUCCGGCACUCUGAAUCCGGUGGAGUUCCUCAUAGUGUUGUCUUUUUUUCCUCCUCUCUCUGUGGGCUUGUUGCUGUUCCCAAAGUCACUUCGGAACUUCGGAACUUCAAAGCACUUCAACAGUACAUCAAGGUACUCAUUGGAGAUUGUCCGGCCAACCUAAGGUAUGGGCUCGUUGUGCGACACCCGUAUGUAGUAGAUCCCUUCGGUUCAAGAGGAGUAACAAAAACGGGAAGCGAAAACUUUCAAGAACACAACAGCUCUCCGACUCAAGUAUUUCAACUAUUUUUUGCUCCAAGCAAACAAUCACGCGCAGAUCCCUCCUGCCUUCCUUUUCAAUCAGUCCCCGAAGGAUAGACGAAACGGACGAACAACCAAACGGUGGACGGAGGGACCAAGAGUCUUGGCCAGGAUUUCCCGUCGCUCCAUCCAACAAAUAUCGCGAGCCUUGAAGGACAACCAACCAUCGCACACUGCACAUCUGUCUCGAAAUAGAGGAGAGAAGAAGGCCCUGCUUUUUGCUGGUCCUUCGUGUGUUUGUGCAUGAGCCCGAGAGAGAAACAGAGAAACAGAGAAAGAGAGUAGGCAGGCAGGCAGGCAGGCAGGCAAGAACGAAAACUAGCCCAAGGAAGCAUUGUCAUCCAAGUCUUGUCUCCGACGGUGGGCCUGGCUAUAAAAAAGGCUGAAGAAGCACAAGAAGGAUUUCUUUUCCGGAGGGAAAACAGCGGAGCGGAAACCCAUUCGCGAGGAAGCUCGAUUUCGGAGGUCAAUCAACCCAUUGGGCUGUUCAAAUCGGACACGCUCUCAACUUCGAUAUCGUGCCCUACUAAGAUCCCGAUCAACCCGAGGGACAAACCCAGCCAGCCAUACUCUUCAUCAUUUUUCAAGGGCCUUCAAAUUCCAAUUAGCCUUUUUAUUAUCUCGAGAAGAGGAACCGAUUAGACAAAGCCUCUCUUCCUAGUACAACCACUAGUACACGCUACACGCAUCACCCGCGUCGCCCUCUGACUUGGAAGUGGAUAAAGGCUCAAACGACAAGUCUGGAGAUCGAAGGCUGACACCCGAUCUGACUCAAUUACCCAGGAUCAUCGUACCAAAAGCCAUUGGCAUCAGCGGGAGAGCUGUUGGGAGCAUUACCGUCGUUGUUGGCGGGAGCACGAGAACCACUAGCACGACGACGAAGGUUGAUCUCGCUUUUCAAUACCGUACUGUACGUGUGGCACAGGGGACUACUACAAAACGGGACCAUCAUUACCAGGCGACAUCUCGUUUCUCGAUGGUGGAUGUGCACCAUCAAGUCUGAACGAACGGAACCAAUCGAGGCAUCCACGCCAAGCAGGCCAAACACAGCCAGUCCACCAGUCUACCAGCCAUCCAGCCAUCCAGCCGCAAACACCACCGAUGACCUAGAAAAACAAAAUUUGGAGAAACACACUCACAAAAAGGAUCAUUAUAAUCUUUGUUUUGCUUUUUUGUUUGGAGGGUGACAGUCCAAGCCAGCUGUGGGACCGGUUGAUCAUGGGAACUCUCCCAGCUUGAUAUUGGAGGCACGUAUUGACAUUACCUCUUCUUUGCUUGUCGUUCGUUGCCUUCCUCCUCGUUGUCGUUGUGUCCAAACCAAACCAAACAACCAAAACGAGGGUCAAGGAGCCCUCGAAAUGCAAUUGAGUAAGACCAUUGCCCAAGAACUUUUGUUAGGCCUUCUUUGUCCUUGGUGAACAAACACAGAACACACCACUCACAAAUAGGCAGAGCGAGGAAUGUCAUCUCAUCUGGAUAGAACAUACCUAUGAAAGCUGUGUAGUCAGUCGUCUUCUGCAGCUCCCACGUGGUUCUCUGCCUCAUUUCCUCCCCACUUGACUAGACCUCGUAGACCUCGUAGACCUCGGGCAGAAUCGUAACUUGGAAAGUGGGAAGUGGUAUUGCGCUGACUUAGUCGUCAGACGCAACUAACUCACAGGGCCCUAAGGCCUAAAAAAAGGAGGCUAACCACAAGAUCAACAUCGCCCACCCCAGUCAGCCGUCAACGGGUUGGAUUUUCUGUGUGUCGGUCGUGGGCUGUGCCACUCUACUCACUCCCUGUCCAUUAACUACCUACCCACUUCCACUGGCCCAAUUGGGUGAGUGUGUGAGUGUGUGUAAGUCUCGUGGCCAGACGAAAGUGCAAUCAUUACCAAAGUUUUCUUUCACCGUGCUCAUCUUGGACCAUGGCACAACAAACCCCGAACUCUUUUGAUGCCCGCUCGUGGAUCGACGAGUUGAGGCCAAGGUCCUCGGGCGUGAUAGCAAGUUUCAAAUUGUUUCAAUCUUGAGGAGGAAGAGACCAACUUUUUCCGCUGAGAGCCACCGCGAGACACGGCAAGACACAGCAAGACACCACCCAAGUCCUGCUUUACUCAGAAAGACGAGGGAACUCCUCGUGGACCAUCUCUUUGGAGUGGUGGGCUCUAACGCCUUUGGCGACCCCCGACCUGCUGGACUGAGUUUUGAUUACUUUGGACGACAGCCCGGGCUAAGGAUCUUGUGUCGAAUUAUUAGAUUAGGGUCAGUUGAAGGAUCAACGGCACAAGCCGAAAAUGACCUCAUUAGCGUCCUCGCAAUCGAUGGCAGAUGCUAGUGCCACUAAAGUCAACACGCGCUGGAUUACGCCCAUCUCUACUCCCGACAGCUUGGGACAGGCGUCGAGUAACACUUCGAAUGCCAAUGGAGAGGUCAUGAGAUCAGAUGACGAAGCCACAGUGGAGGCCAUAAACUAUGUGGCGUACGGGAUCAUUGCCAACAUAAUCGUGGGCGUGGGGAUCAUUGGGAACAUCCUGAAUCUGAUCGUCUUGACCCGGCCCAAGCUGAAAGGCGUCAUGUAUGUGUACCUGCUGGGACUGGCCGUGUCCAACCUUUGCGUGCUCAUCAUCGCCAUCCCGGCCCUCAUGGACAUUGCCGGGAAUAUCAACAGCCAGAACUUCAUCACAGCCUUCUUUCAGUCUCACAUGGAGAUUCCGCUCUUGAACAGCUUCAUGGCCUCGUCGGUGUAUAUCAUCAUUUGCAUGACAGUCAAUCGAUACAUUUCGAUCUACAAGCCCACUCAUUUUCAAAGAAUUCACACUUUCAAGAAUGCAUAUCUUGCCAUAUUCUUCUCAUUCCUGGGCGGCGUGGUCCUUCACAUUCCUCUGGCCUUCGAGCACCAAGUCUUGGAACAAUGUGAGGUGCUCCCUUCGCCCUCAGCCGUACUUAACGGGGACGGUACCCAAGGGGAUACGCUUAAUGAGGAUGUCCCUGCAGUGCCAAGGGUUUGCAUUUACUUACCCAAAACCAAUGACAGCAUUGUUAACCACGCUCUAUUCCGAGUGUACUUGUGGAUCAGCGAGUCCUUGCUCCGUUUCGGUCCCAUCAUCACACUUACCAUUCUCAAUAUUCUGAUCAUCGUGCGAUUCCAUCGAAUCGCCAUGAAACGGGAGGUGCUCAAGGGCGGGCACACCAAACAGAGUCACCGAGGCUCGAACGGGGGAACCAACCCGCCCCCCUCGCCCUUCACCAACGGCAGCCACGCCAACUUGAGCUCGAAUGGGGGCCGCCUUAGCGUUUGCACGACCACGGCCAAUGGUCGCCUCUCCAUUCCCAACGGGACCAUUCCGAUCACGGACGACCGGACCACCUCCUUCGCCUACGGCCAAGAGGUGACCAUGACCACCACCUGCACUCAGAUCACGGCCAGUAGCGCGUCUCGAGCCAACACCCCGUUGCCCAUCGGGUCGAACGGGAACUCGCCCAGUCGAACGCCCAUCAUUCGAGGCACGCCCUGUCGCCACUCGAGCAAGCGCCGCGGUCUGCACAACCCCGAGGAGCGCAUGCUAGUGGUUGUACUCAUUGCCAUUGUCAUUCUCUUCGUGGUUUGCACCACCCCUGCUGCAUUUCUUUCGAUACUCGUCACGGAUCAGCUCAAGCGGACCGUGUGGUUCUCAGUAUUCCGGGCAUGUGCCAAUAACCUGGAACUCUUAUGUUUCGCAUUGAACUUCUUCGUGUACUGUUUGUGUAGUGCGGAUAUUCGCCGAGCCUUUGUGGACGUGCUCUUCGAGAACGUGGUGGUCAAGUAUGUGCGACGAAGGUCGACCUUCAAAGCUAAUGGCAUUGAAAUGGCCACCAUUAACGCCAUCCAAGGAGCGGAUAAUGUGUAGCAGACUACUAGCACCCUCCCCAAGGGCAAUCGGGUGUGCCCGUGUUGCUUCUCAAUGACAAUUGGCAAACAACCACACAUGAUGUUGGGCCCAACAUCAUCCAUCGGCAUCAGCCUCUGCGUGACUUCCUCAAGAAGAUGACCUCGGCGCUGCCGUCCUAAUGGCGGCACCCCGAGCCUUGUUCAUUUCGAUGAUCCGUUUCGGAUGGCUCACAUAUCUGUUCCCCAAAUCGAUCCCAUCGGUCAAUUGUCUGGCCUCUCAUCCUCGAUAUAUCGUUCUAGGAAGAGCCUUCCCUUUGAUUAUCGUCCGGCCGCACACUAGGGCUGAAGCUGAGGCUGUCGACCUCUAUCAUGUGCACCACUUGUUUGUUUAGUCCGUCGUCAGUGUGGUCGUCAGUGUAGUCGUCGUCAUCGGUCGGUUUGGCCCGCUCUCUAAUAACGCUGACAGAUCAAUCACCUUCUUUUCCUACCCUUAGUCCCUCACCUUCACUGAGGAGGCAGUCCAUUCAGCAGGGCGGUCUUCAAAAGAAUUUUCAUCUCCUGGUCAAAAGUGAUGCCGUCGCUCUUUCAUCCUUGUCUGAUUUUCGGUGUCUGUGCCUUCUGACAGACUGACUGACCGACUGACUGUCUCUGUAGCGAUUCAUCAAACGUUAACCGACUCUCUAGGACAACUUUAUUUGCUCUAAGGAGGAGGAGGAACAAAGUGGCAAAAUAGGGACCUGAUCAAGAAGAGUCGAGGGACAGCCUAGGUGAAUACAGUACCAAUUGCGACAUUAAUGAUAAAGGUCGUGGGGAUGUUCAUUUCUUGUGGAGCCCCGAAAAGAAAGUUUCUUCAGCAGAUCUUUCAGAAGAAAUUAGUACGCAUGCACGAGAGCAGAAAAACGUUGACAAGAUGAGACACGGCUUUGGUUUCCCUUGCCCAUGUCCUGCUAAUGUCCCCGGGGUUCAAAGAUAUUCCCGCUUUUUUAUCAUCUCGUAUAGUUUAUUGAUUCGCUGCUCCGAAAUGUGUUGUAACAUAACGUAUAUAGACCAAACGAAAGAACCAUAGGUGUAAAUCUCGUCACUCGGAUAGGAUCUUCCACAUACGUAUUUGUGGACGCCAAAUCACUUCUUCGAUCGAGUCUUGUGAAUCAUCGAUUCAUACUAAGUGACAAACGAACAGCUUAACGCGGCGUUUGGAACCAAUCUGGAACAUCCCACAGACAACAUACUCCAAACAUUUAUGUAAUAUAUUCAUAACAUGAUUUAUUUUGUACAAACCAAUUGGAAUCCGCAGUUGUUGACAGUUUUUUAAUCAUUGGAUCUCGAUCUGUUGUUGACUCCCACCCACCCCCAAAAAUGUUCCCAGUCAUGAUGGAAACACCGGAAAAAAGACGACAAAAGCCACUCGAAACAUCACGUACCUUGAAAACACCAUACCAUGUAGAAGACACGCCUCAACGAGAUUGACCAACAUUCAUUCAGUUUUUGUAUCCAAAUUGUUCCAUUCAUUCCUUUCUCCGUUUGUCAUGAACUCAAAUCACUUGAUCGCCCAGUUUGCUCGUGUCAUUUUCUCUUCGAUUUGUGGUUUGUGAAAUAAAACAUGUUCCCCACUCCUCAAAA